UGUUCCAACAGUUUGAAGAAUCGAUUUUGAUCGAUCAUCCGUUAGUUUGGCUCUCACGUAGCCAACGUAUAAACUGAGCCAACGUGAGCUCGUCUAUGCGCAAGACGCUACGGGAGGGCCCGACCGAAGACGAAGCCAACAGCACAUAGCCAAGCAGCGGCGUUGUCGUGCGACAAACCUCCACGCCGCAUGUUUUCUGUGUUUGGUCUGAGUGUGAGUGUUAUUGGCUUCAGUGGACACUAUGAGCCCCAAACCGAGAGUUGACCAGUCAGCCCUGAUCGAGGAGGUGAAAAAGCGGCCUUGUUUGUAUGCAAUUCGGAAUGUUCGAGGCGUUUACAAUGAGAAGCGCAACGCCGCGUGGGGAGAGAUUGGCUCGACGCUAUUCAGCGACAAGUGGAACGCACUUUCGCCAGCCGAUAAGGACUCUCUAGUUAAGCACUUGCAGAUGAAAUGGAAAUCGCUGAGGGACAAUUUCACUCGACACUUGCGCGUUCAGGAGCAAAGAAAGAACGCCAAGACCCCGCAACCCAUGGAGAAAUACGUUCACGUGGAUCAAAUGUCGUUUUUGAUGCCGGUUUUCCAAAAGGGGAGUUUCAGGGACAAAACGGUGUCAUCGGAAGAGGGCAAAGACAGCAACGACUCGUGUGCCAUCGAGGAUAGCUCGCCCAUCGAGCAAGUUUCACCGGCCGAAGUGGAGUUCAGUUUCGGUAAUGUUCAGCCGAACUGUUUCACCUCCAGUGACCCAAUUGAGAUCAAAUCCGGCAUGAGCUUUCUGAGCGAGUCCGAUGCCCCGAUCAAGAGGGUCGCCAAGUGUUUGGAGGAGCUGAGCAGCCUGCAAAGGGAGGAGAAACUGGAGGAUCCAAUGGGAAAUAAAAACUUUUUACUCUCCCUGCUGCCGUUUAUGAAGAAGCUGCCCGACCAUCUUAACCUGGAGGUCCGAUUGCAAUUAAUGAGCGUUUUGGAGACUUACACUCUAGGCAAAAAUUUGCAACAAUGACAAUUUCUUACGUUUAUUAUUUACUGAAGUUAGUUUUGAUGCGUUGCUCUUGUUGUUAGCCUUUGACGGGUGUGUGACUGAUUCAAAAAUAUCAAAAUAAACCUAUAUUUUCACUA